CAAGAUUGCAAUAAACAAAAUUAUAACCUUAAUUCUAUUAUUCAAUCUCACGUGUACGAUGCGCGGGCAUGACGAAACCUAACCUCAAAAUAAACGAAAUAAACAAAUUGUAAGAAUAGUAAUUGUUGUAUACUUAAUUCAUUUUAAAUAAAUAUAAACCAAGAACAAAAAGAAUCUACGAAGUAAAAAAUAAAUGGAGUAAAAUGUUACCAAACAUAUUCAGAAAGUUUAGUGAAAGACAAUCUAUUUUGCGAAGUUAUGUUAAUGAUAAAAAUAUAUUUUCUACUUUCAGAAAUAAUAGUAAUAAAUUCACUAAAUACAAAUGUUCAAGUAUCUCUAGUGAACUCACAAAAAAAGAUAAAUAUCAAUUCAAUUCUCUUUUAAAAAACACUCAAAGAUUCUGUACUAAUAUUAUAACCGUAAAAAAACAAAAUUUUGUAGAAUCUGAAUCAUUCAUUUCUCAAAAUAAAAAAAUUACUGAUGAAGACAUUGAAAAAUUAUUAAAUUUAGAUUGGUCAAAAAUUACAACACAAGAAUUUAUUGAUAAUUUUGAAAAACUUAUUUUGUACAUGCAACAAUUAGAAAAUAUACCUAAUAUCAAUGUUGAUAAUAUUCUACAAGGUAUUUCAGAAUUAUGUAGCAAUUUUUCUACAGAAGAAAUAAUUUCAAUCUUUAAAUAUACGUGUUCUUUGAAAUCUAAAGAAAACAUAUUUGUUGAUUUUAAGCAGAAAAUAUUACUAAGUUUCAAUCAGGAGUUAUUACAUAGACUUUCAAAAUUAAAAUUAGAAGAAAUAUUUUUUCUUAUUCGUAUCUACAGAAGUAAUAAACUUGCGAGAAAAGUUCUAUUUGUUAUAAGAGGAAUCUUUAAAAUUGACAGGAGAGUGAAAUAUUUGUCUUUAGAAGAAUUAUGUCAAUUGAUGAAUAUACUUGGCUAUUGUUUCAAUCUUCCACUGAAUUUUUACAUUAUUGAAGACGCUAUAGAAAAAAAGAAUUGGGACACCUUCAAUGAGACACAAAUUUUUAACAUAGUAUAUGGAUUUUUAAAAAACGAAUAUAAAAUUAAAAACAAAGAUACUAGAAUACAAGUUUAUAAAUUAAUUCUAAACAACAUUAAUGAAAUGAAUCCUGAAUAUAUAAAUCCUAGUUUGCAGUAUUUAAUUCUAAUAUAUAAAAUAAUUGACGAUGUUGAUGAGAUUAUUCGAAAAUUUUUUAAAUCCAUUGAACCAAAAUUGGAGGAAUAUUCUUUGAAAAAUUUGAUAAAUAUUUUAGGAUUAGCUUCACAUACUUUGAUUCAUGAGAAAACAUUAAUUAAUUGUAUUCUGGAGAGGUUUAAUAAAGAAAUGCAUAAUUUAACGUUACCAGAUAUUGAACGAAUUUCUUGUAAUAUGACAUCAUUUAAUUACGAUUCUAAUCAUCCUUUUUAUAUAAAUUUAUUAAAAGAACUAAGAAAUCCAGAUCGAGAGGAAGAAAUUUCAAAACACAGCAGAGCAUUUAUUCGCACUCUACAAAGCUUAGUUUACGUAAACAUUUAUCCCACGGAUUUAAUAUCAAAAAUAAUGGAUUCUGAAUUUAUAGAUAAAAAUUAUAAAAAUGUGCACGCAAUGAAAAGUUGCCAUUAUUUCAUUGAUCAAAGUAUGAGUAUUGAGUGUCCAAAUUAUACAGGGCAUAUAUUAAAUGAAAAAGUGCGAACGUUCUUUUCAAAGAAAUAUAAAUCUCACGAGCUAACUGAAUUUAAUUUAAAAAACAAAAUUACAAAAGAUGUCAUUCAAAUGUGUGAGCGGGUAUUCAAAAAUCCAGUUUAUAUGUGUAAAAUUUUGCCCCACUUUUUUAAUGAAGAUAUUAUAUUUUGUUUUGAUGAAAAUGAUAAACUAAUUUCACCAGAACCAUUCUUAUCACCAUUGCAAAACGGAUUGAUAAAACAUAUUCCUGAAGAGGCAAAAAAUUACAAAUGGUUAACUGUGAUAAUAACUAACUGGAAAAUGAUACAUAAAAACAGCGAAGAUUAUAGUAGUCUUUUAGCAAUGAAAUGUAGACAACUAAAAGCUCUUGGAUAUAUACCUGUUGUUCUUUCCCAUCAGGAAUGGUAUUUAAAAGCAAACGAUGAAAAUUGUGAGAAAUAUCAAGAAGAUUAUUUAAAAAAACUGUUAAAUGUUAAAUAAAUUGUAAAAAAUUUCAUUCAAAUGAACAUCCGAUACUUUAGAGACUAAUGAUUUAAAUAUUUUAAAUUCUGUACGUUUCUACUUUUUCUUUAUUAAUAAAUUAUAGAUUGUUUUUAAAAAAUAAAAUAAAA